UCUUUAUAAUUCAGAUUCCCAUGCAUUCUAUGCAUAGCUUUAACAUGAGACUGACCUAAUAUAGAAUUUUGCUUCUUUGCCACUAAAACAAAGGUAGCAGACACAAAAGGUGACUUAUAUACAAAUACUAUACUAUAAUAUAUCACACAUAAUGUAAAUGGUCUACUUGUAUAGAUAUAUACUAAACAGCAUGCUCAGAAAACCCUGCUGUGUGUAGUGUUUACACAGGUUUAAAAUGAGAAUUAUUGCUUAAAUUACGCUUUUUUUGUACAUAUAACUUUAAAACUAAAGGCACUGUUGCAACAUGUAAAGCGGCCUCAUGUGUCACACGCUGUACUAAUUCUGCUUCUGAAUACAGUCUCACUGCUGCCAUAUUGACUUUAUGCAAAAACCACAUGAGCAAAUAUUUUGGCAGUGACUCCCCUACAGCAGGUGAUGUGUGUAUUGCUAAAACACAUGACACACACUUACAACUUUGAACAAAUGCCAAUGGUGGUGAUUGAGAAAUUUGAUCCGUACCUAACCUGUGGAAUAGCAUCAAAAAUCCAUCAUGCUUCAUCAAUGCCUCAGUGAAGAAAAGAAAACGUGCACAGGCCUACAUAGAGUAUUUCCUGUAACUGGAGGAGUCACUUAAGCAGGAGGAAGGUUAUUGGAGGUGGAGAGAUUCUGUCUUCACCGUGAGGCCUUUGAUUGGAAGAAUGCAGGUGAGGAGGUAGGAUGUCCCAGACUAACCUUUGAUUUAAUCUGAGCUCCUAAGAAAUUUUCUGUUAUUGCUGAAACUUCUGUGUAGCCAGAGACUCUUCUGUACUGACCACCUUCCUGCACACUUGAAGCUUCAGACGGCAGCAUGCAACAGCUAGGGCGGCUGAGGCUGAGGCCGUGGCUGGAGGAGCAGAUUCAGUCCGGGAGGUAUCCAGGAGUCAGCUGGCUGGACCAGUCGGCACGAAUCUUCCAAAUCCCCUGGAAACAUGCUGCCCGUCAUGGCUGGAGUAUUGACAGAGAUGCUACGCUCUUCAGGAGUUGGGCCAUGCACACUGGUCGGUACCGCCCUGGCAAAGACAAGCCAGAUCCCAAGACAUGGAAGGCAAAUUUCCGCUGUGCCUUGAAUUCUCUGCCUGACAUCUGUGAGCUGCGGGAGCACAGCAGGAAGAAAGGCAACAAUGCCUACAGAGUGUACAGGAUGCUGCCCAGCUCACAAACAUACAGACGUAGGAGAGGGCUGCGAUUUUUCAGUCGACCCCGAGAAAGACAGACCAGCUUAGGAGCAUGCGCAUACGAUGAUACAUACACCACACACACUUGGCAACCCACAACAACAAGAUCCAUUACAGACACACCACAGAAGGAAGAGAGUGCUGCAGAAGACACAUUAAACAGCACUCAGACACACGGGAUGUGGGAGGCCAAAACCGAAGACCAGGAGCAGAAUGAUGCCGUCUUUAAGCUGAUGGAUCACUUAAGCAACGCAGAUCUCUGGAACCAGACGGCAGAGCAGAGAGGAUGGAGAACUCACACUUUGUGGGACCACUGGCACUGUGCAGGCGAUGAUAACCCAUAUUCUCUGCACACAGACAGCUACAGUGAUCUGUUUGGUCCAAACUACGUCAAAGAACUCUCUGACUGGUCUGCUCAUCAGCAAACUCUGCUGCCGUAGCUGUGCACCAACAACUCAUCCUUCUUCUCCUCGUGUUUACCAAAUAUUAAAGGCUGGUUUUCCUUGAGGCCUUCUUUCUAACCCUCAGCUGUUUUCCUCCUUGUCUUUCUGCUGACCACUGAAAGAAAGAAACAAGAGAAGGCGAGAGGACAGAGGAUAUUGCUCCGUCAGUGGGUCGCUCGGUCAUCCUCUCUGCUGAACAUGCUGAGGUGAAGAUCUUAUUCCAAGCCAAGCUUUCCCUCUGUCAGCACCACUUGCAUUCCACUAUGUUUUGGUGCCUCAAACAAGCUGAAAUGACACCAAGCUCACACCACAGUUUUCACAGUAAACAGAUCUCAUUUCGCUUCAGUGCAGGAUCAGUUAUGACCCUCCUGCUUCGUUGAAUUUGACUGGAAGUUUAUUCAAUAUACAGUAAAUGAAGUGCAGAACAAAGCGGCUGGACAUGCAGUACAUGGAAUAGUUUGUAGGUUUGUUUAAACCUGCUUUGCCAGUCACAAGAUAAAACAUUCUGCAUAACACUAUGUAUACUAUGUUUUUUUAGUGGAUGUGUGUGUAUUUCCUUUACAUUUCUGCCAUUGUUUUUAAGAUUUCCACCACAAGAUACUACAGUUUGGCAUUCUACUUUUUUUUUAUGUCAGUUUGUUUUGUGUGAUUCUGUACAACCUAAUUUGUGUUUGUUUUGUAUUUUGAAGUGCAUGAGUCUUUAUAGCCUGUGUAUAUAUUAAAAAUAAAAACUGAUGGGAGCUGUGUGUA